AGUCGCUGUGCAGAUGUGGCGGCUUGAGGCGAUACACAUGUUACCGGGAAAGAAAUAGCAGGCAGUAAGAGAUGCUCUGGAGCCUCUUGGUGCUGUGGCAGCUUCUGCACUCGGGACGUGCCAGGACUGUGCAUGGGAGCUUGGAUAGUGCCGUGGCGUGGCAUGGUCGUGGGCAGCAUAUUGUCACCUUCCUAUUCCAUGGUGACCAAGCUGUGUUGCGUGUCAAAAUCAACAAUGUUGCUGCUGCUGCUGGCAAGGAAUCCGCCCUUUACCUCUACCAAGAUGAGCAAUGGGUACAAAUACACAGCAGCCUGGAGGAAUAUAGCUGCCCUGAGAGAUUGUCCCUGGCACAAUUCACGAUUCCCUUAAAUCAAACUGAAUAUAACUAUACUCUCCCACAAAUGGUAUAUCCCAAAGCAUGGUAUGUAAUAUAUGUGGACAAAUUUACCUGCCUUGUAAAAUAUGAGGAUCAAAAAUCAGAUGCUGUCACCUUUGAGGUUACCAUGUUGAAUCCAGAUGCUGCAGGAAAUCCGUUUGACCACUUCGGAGCUGAUGAGUCAGGACUGCAUGAAUUUUUCUUCCUCCUGGUACUCGUCUAUUUUGUGGCUGCUUGUAUUUAUAUACAGGCUCUCUGGCAAAUGAUAAAGAAAGGUGGCCCAAUGCACACAGUUCUAAAGGUGUUGUCAACUGCUCUGCUCUUGCAGGUUGUGUCAGCCUUGGCAAAUUAUCUGCAUUUCUCCAGGUAUGCUACAGAUGGCAAAGGGGCACCUCUGAUUGGAAGUUUAGCUGAAUUGUGUGACAUAGCCUCCGAAGUGCAGAUGUUGUACUUACUACUUAGUCUAUGUAUUGGUUGGACUCUGAGCAGGAAAAAAAAAUCCCAGGGGAGACCCCUGCAGUGGGAUUCAACACCAACAUCUACUGGUAUUGCGGUUCUGGCUGUCACUGCCCAGGUAAUAUUGCUGGUUUGGGAGCUGUUUGAAGACACCAAUCAUCACAGUUUCCAUGCCCAUCGGAGCCUAGCAGAGAAUCUCCUGAUUGCCCUAAAGAUUUGCCUAGCUAUAUCUUUAGCCUGUGGAUUAUAUCGGAUAAUCACUGUGGAAAGAAGCACUAUGAAACGACAAUUCUACAUCACCUUUGCAAAGGGUUGUUUCUUGUGGUUUCUGUGCCACCCUUGUUUUGUUGCUAUUUCUUUUCUGUUUAAAGAGUAUCAAAGAGAAAAGGUUAUUACUGUCGGUGUCAUCGUUUCUCAGUCAGUCUCCAUGAUUAUCCUGUAUAGACUAUUUUUGUCUCACAGUCUCUACUGGGAGGUAUCUUCCCUUUCAUCUGUCACACUGCCUUUAACAGUAUCUUCAGGACACAGAAGCCGAUAUUAUUCUUGAUAACCCAGUAAGUGAAUAAGGCCACAUUGUUGGAAUUUUCAAGAUUUUGGAAGGUUUGUUUUCCUGCCAGCUGAAGAAUGGAGGAAACUGAAGAACUUGAAAUAAGUGAAAUGAUGCUUAAGAACUUACAUAAAGCAUGAAGUCAAUACAACUUAUAUUGAAACAAGUCUGAGCCUAGAUUUAGUCAUUUCUAAGCUACAUCCUGAAUUAUUUUUUGUGACUGUACAGCAGAGUUGCCCAAAUCGUAGAUUGGAAUCUACCAGUAGAUAUUGAACUGCUAGAAUCUUGCCUUCAAAGGAAUCUAUUACAUCACCUGUUUUUUAAAUGUAUAAAAUGUGAUUAGAUGGAUGAAAGAUGUUUAUUUAAUUAUAACGAUGCAUACAGUUUUUUAUUUGAAUGUAGUUCAUAUAUCAGAGGAACAUUUUUCUGAUGGUGCACUGCUGAAAAGGGACAAAGUACUGCAAGGCAUUGACUGGUAAAACAUGGGAGACAGGUUAUUUUUUAAGUUAAUUAUACUAUUAUACUAUUUUUUUUUUUAUAAAAAAAAAGGAGAUUACUAUGACAGUUUGAGUGAUCAAUUCAACUUUGAAAGCAGGCUUAAAUGGUUCUUUGUGGUUUUAUGUUGCAGGAAAGACCAAGUUUGCAUUUGCAAGGUCUAGUUUUAAAGUACUGUGGUCUUGUUGGCUUUGUUAUGGCUAACAUGUUUUAUCAAUUUGUAUUGUAAGUUUUAAUUUAUGUGUAAUCAUUUCAGCAUAUUUGUUUCCUUUCUUUGUCCAGUUAUGUAUUCUUAUUGGGAAUCUAACUUUAAAGAGGCCAUUAACUAGUGAAGUGUUAGAGGUAAUCUGUCUUAAGGUCAGUUUAUCUUACUGCAGCAAGAAAAUACAUCUUGGGUUUACAGGACCAGUGACACCAAAUAUUGAACAUACUUUAUGCAUUAUACAAUUACUGACUGAAUGUUUAUAUUCAGGAAAUUGAGUAUUUCUAUUUCCUAUAUAGUAUAGGAAAGGUUUUCAUCUUGUAGGUGUGUGAUGAACUAUGCAUUGUGUUUUAGCCUUGUUUGUCCCAAAUUCAGUUAAAAAACCAAUGUAGUUUAUCUGUUAGCUGCUAUGCAGGUCUCGAAAGGCAGUGAAAUACCCAACACUUUCUUUGGUGCCUUCCUAGGACCUCUGUUUCCCUAGAACAGUGCUGUCCAACUUCUGUGGCAGUGCACCAAAAAGACAAAUGGUUGGUCACAGCAGGGAUUUCCCCCAUCACUCAUAAGUGAAAAAGUUGUCAUUAUUAAGCCUUACCCUUUAAUCCAUAUGCCUUCUUCUACGUUGUGGAUAGCACUGCAACCCUCAGCACAUAAUUAUACAUCUUAGGGACCAUAUAAUGACUAUUUCCAAAUACUAACAAACUCUCAAAAAAAAAAAAAAGCCCUACCGGGCUCACCUCUACCCGUGUGAUUAUUUCCUGAAUUCAUAAACUUGUGUUUUUUUGCCUGCUAAUUGCAGGGUCAGGGAAGUCUGCAGUGCUUGCCACUGGUCUAAAUGUCAAGUGAUCUGCAGUAGGUAGUGGGCAUUUUCAAUGACCCCUUAAAGUGGCAGCCAUCAGGUGUUUCAUUGUCCUUAGGGCUAGGUGCACAUGGAGAAUAAUUAUAGGUGUGUGUGAACAACAUUAAAAUAAAUCAUAUGUUGCCUGUUUAUUGCCAGGCUACUUUAAUUUGCUGUCUGAAUUUGUCCCAUUAGCUAGUGUGUUGAGCCAGGCCUGAGAUGGUGUGAAAUAAUGGAAUGAUUUUCAGAUCUAGUCUGCCUUUAAAGAAAAAUCUACACCUUUAUAAAUACUAACAUGUUAUCUAUGGUAGUAAUUCACAUAAACGUACUGUGAAUACAGUAUUUAUUUUAUGCCAACUUUAAUAACAUUUUUUGGCUUGCAAUAUUUUAGACAAUUUUAUAAAUACUGCCCAAAGUAUUUUUAUUGCCAAUACAAAGUAGAAAUGUUCCAAAUAGCAGGGAUGAGCAUGUGUCACUUUUUCUCUUGAUAGUAACAAGAAGCACAGGGAUAAGCCCGUUUUGCCAUUGUCACCCACAAUGCAGUGUUGCCAGAUUUAUUGUUAGCGCUUUCCAUUGCUAUGGCAUUCAAUCAUUUUAAAUAAUAAUUUAAAAUAUCUUGUAUGCCACUGUAAUUAAAAUGUUUUUUUUAUGCCGGAGGAUUCACUUGGGAGAUACCUAGACAACUUUGUUUGACACCAUAAUUUAAUAUAUUACAGUCCAGUUUCCUGGUGUAUCCGAUUUCCUGGUCCAUAACUGGCAAAAGCUAAACAGUAUUCGUUUUCUAUUCCUAAGAUAGUUUUAGCCGUUCCUGCAUGAAAGGGAAUAUCACUGAGCUAAGUUCUCAGAUCUCUAUACUGGGGGACUGCACAUCAAAAGCUGGUAUUCACAACACACCUUCCGUCUCUCAUUGCUAACUUUCUGCACUCACAGUUGCUAAGCCCUUUCAUGGCUGUUUGAAGAAAAAUAAAUACUUAUUGACUGGGUAUUUUAUUUAUUUCAGUAUGUCCUUUUCACAUUACAAUUCCACAAAAUAAGUGAAAAUGGUCACGAAAUUGUACCACUUUUUAAGAAAUGUUACUGAUAUUAGAUAGACUUGCCUGUAAUGUUUUAUUGACCAUAUAUUAUCUCCAUAGGCUUGCAUACAGCAUAAGAAAGUGUGUCCUCUAAAUUAGUUAUUCUUUCAAAAGCACAAUUUCUCGAUGGGUACGCACUCCAGACACGGGUGAAGGUUUUCAAAUGUGAAAUAAAGCUAUUUCUUAAACCACCUUCACCCGUGUCUGGAGUGCGUACACAUUGAGAAAUUGUGCUUGUGACUGCUGGGUUUCCCUUUGCUAUGGGUCUGGGGCGCUGCACCUAGACCAUUGGAUUAGGGGGUGAGUGUCCAAAAACUGUGAUUUACAUGAUAAUCUAAUGAAGAAAUAGACGUGAAAAUAAUUUUCCCUGGGUGAAGGGUCCGGGGAUCGGCACCCGGACCAACUUUGUGAAGGGGUGAGCGAAUGCUACUUGAGACUGGCUGUUUCAAAUUUUAAAUUAGACUUGAUGUGCUGAGUGGCUUAGAGCAAAUUUUGGUGUUGUUGUAUUCUUUCAAAAAGUUUUUACAACGUUGGUUACAUUUGUUUGUUUUCUUUAUGGUUGCAGUGUCUUAUCCCUUCUAGUUUGUGUGGCUCCUCAAUCCAGAAGCUUAGAAUCUACAGCACUGGCACCAGCGCCAAAUAUUCUAAUGAUCCACAACACUAAAAUUAAAACUAGCUUUAAACAAAUAUUACAGGUGUGGGAUCCAUUAUCUGGAAACCCAUUAUCCAGAAGGUUUGGAAUUUUGUAAGGAUUUUAUAUUUACCUAUUUGGGUUUGCUAGGAAUUAUAUGUUUUCUAGUGAAUGUUUCCUUUUUUCUAAGCAUCUGCCUCCAUUAGCUCUAUUCCACCUGACAUCUGCCUAUCACAACAAUAAUAACAUAUAUAUUAUCAUAGGGGUGGAUAUUUUGUUGUUGAUGAAAUACAGUGUAUUUAAUUAUAUUAAUAAUAUUUAAUGUAAGGGUAGGCUGGUUGACUACAUUUUUAAAAGGUACAUAGAAUAAACUAAGAAUAUAUUUUGAAGAAGCUCCUUGCUUUUCUUUUCCUUUUUUUAUGUCUUUAAUUAUCAUGGGUGAUUAUUGGAGUUUAAUUGUAUCUUAUAAAGAUACAAUCUUUCAGCAAAAAAUACAAGAUGGAUGGUUCCUUUCAAUUCCUCUUCAUGCCUGCAUUCAAGGCCCCUUAAUAAUGAAUCCUCCACCUACAUUGCAGCUCACAUCUGAAAAUGCACUCCUUCCAACUCCCUACUCUGUGCUUCUGACCUUCAUCUCUAUUGUCCUCUCAUCACUUUGUCUUCCCAACUGUUAGAUUCUCUCAAGCUUCCAUUCUCUAAAGCUCCCACUGCUCUAUGGAGUUCCUAUAUCACAGAACCUAGUUUGCAUCUAUCCAGUGCAUUUUCCCCUCAGUCUUAGUAUAAGUAAAUGCCACAAUUGCUCUGAAUGUUUCAUUGAUACAUGGUUGGUAAGAUAUAGGUACUGGUCAAGACACCUGGAAGACAGGCCCCUGAUUCUUAAGCCUAGCAAGACUGUUUCAUGUAAGAGACUAGACCCUUACAUUUUUAGCAUGACAUUGUUUUGCUCAUAUUAUCCACUAGAGGGGGUUAUAAGGCAACAGAUUUCAUACUGGGAUUUUGGACUCUGGUAUAAGUUUUUGUACAGGUGUAUAAUUUUAGUAAUACGUUUGUGUGAUACUCUGUAUUAUGUCAUUUUGUCCAAUAAGAAAAUUGAGACUUUUUUGUGUUUAUAUAUACAUGUACAGGACCUGUUAACUAGAAUGCGUGUGACCUUGGCUUUUCUGGAUAAGGGGUCUUUCUGUAAUUUGGAUCCCCAUACCUUGUCUUUAAAAAAAAUAUUUAAACAUUUAAGCAUAGAAUAAAGAUUAAUUUUAUAUAUACAUUAUAUAUAUAUAUAAUAUAUAUAUAUAUAUAUAUAAUUAGGAUAAAGUACAAGGUACUCAUUUUUUGGCUAAAAUGAAGUCUAUGGGAGAUGGCUCCCAGAUAAGGGAUCCCAUACUAUAUAUUCUGCUUGCCGUCCCUGGGAAAGGUCACAGUUUUGUGAAAGAAACAUUGGACCACUAACAUUUUAUCUAAUAAAUCAUUUUUGAGUUUGA